AUGCAUCUCAUGAAUCUUCUGCUCGCGUGCAUCUUCGCCCUGUGCGUCAUUGCCGCACCCGCGGACUUUACGUUGCACUCUCCGCUCGCGAUUCCUGUCCCCGGCUCUGCAACCUACGACGCCGACGUCGCCGCUGUCCUUGCCUACGUCCGUUCCCACAACUCUUCCCCCAUCCAGAGAUCCGCCGCCGAUGAGCCAAUUACUAGAUUAUGCGGCAUAUAUACUAGUACUCCAGUCUCCGAUCCCAUCUACCAGGAAAUGCGCGAAGAUGGAUCGUUCAACUAUCGCAGCUUCGAUCUAGCUGCGGGCUCCACUAUCGAGGGCAUCCUUAACCGCCACUGCGGAUUCUGCAUGUACUUUGACGAAGAAGGCGCUCUCAUCAUGUCCGUAGGACCCGAUCAAGUGAAUUGGGCGCAUCCUACAACUGCCAAGACCUACAUCUGCUGGCGUCCGCCGAUGAGGGGUCACGAAGGUGGUAACUGA